AUGGCCGAGCCUUUUGGCAUUGCCGCUGGUACUGUCGGUGUUGCUGCCGCCUUCACCGCCUGCAUCGACUGCUUUGAGUACGUCCAGUUUGGUCGCAACUUUGGACGAGAUUUCCAGACAGAUCUUCUUGCUCUCAACUGCGCCAAACUCCGUCUGUCACGAUGGGGGGAGGCAGUGAAGAUUUAUGAUGACCCCAACCUAGGGAAACGGGACGCAAGCCUUGCCGAAAUACAAGUGGCGAAGGAUACUUUCUAUCAGAUUCUUGUCCUCUUCUCAAACACGCAAAAGAUUUCGGAGAAACACAAGAUGAAGGCACGGGACAGAGAGGACCUCUCUGUAUUCGCUCCUUGUGAUAUUGACCCUACAGUGACGGCCCUCGCGGACAAUAUGAGGGCGUUAGUCAUUAGGCGACAGAAGGGCAGUAGUGUCCUGAAAACGGCGAGCUGGGCUCUCUACCAUAGGUCGGAGUUUAAGAGGCUUAUUGAAGAUAUCGUCUCUCUUAUCAGCAACCUUGAAAAAAUUUUCCCUGAGCCCCAACUCCAACUUAUUGCCGACGAAGAAGCAGCACAAGUCCAUGAUAAAAGUUCUUUGAAGCUACUUGAGACUGCUGCUCGGGAUGUCGAUCCUCUGCUCGAGACCGCUACCAAAAAGGGUCAUAAGUACUCGAACUUCGUGGUGAAAGGAAAGGCUCAUACCGGCGACGCGUUCCACGGAGACUGGCACGGAAAUGCGAAUGGUGCAUCACACAUUUAUGAUGGUGUGGAGGUUGGAGAGAACGGGAAAGUGCUGGUAGGGAAUAAGUAUGGAGGAAAAGAUUUCUGGGAUGAUUAA